UUAGUUAACAAAGAGCACACAUGUCUAGCACAACUCCAACCACACAUCAAAUGAAUCCCAAUUCUCCAAUUCAGAGUUUAAAAAGUACAGAUACAAACUUCAACAUGACUACUCCACUCACUUACACCUCAGUGGAAACUUGGGAGUUACUCAUCAACCACUUUUUUGGUACAAUUGUACCACAGUGGCAAUCUCUGGUACCGUUCAAACCAGAGUACUGUGACUUUCAUCUGCUUUCCACUUUGUUAACAGACAUGCUGAAGUUUACUAAAAUGUUAGUGAGAUCAACUAGGGAACCCACAGAGAAUGGAGAUCCAACCUCCAUGCAGGCCUCUGAGGUCUGUCUUCAGUCCGUGGGCGCAGACUGCCCUGAGAAAACAGAGGAUACAGGAGCAAAGGACAGCAUCCUGAAUGAAAGCUCUGUAGGUGACCACAGUGAUAAUGCAAAUGUAGAAACUCCAGGACUGGAGGCUCAACCAGCCCUAGACUGCAUGGAGAAUGGAGAUCCAACCUCCAUGCAGGCCUCUGAGGUCUGUCUUCAGUCCGUGGGCGCAGACUGCCCUGAGAAAACAGAGGAUACAGGAGCAAAGGACAGCAUCCUGAAUGAAAGCUCUGUAGGUGACCACAGUGAUAAUGCAAAUGUAGAAACUCCAGGACUGGAGGCUCAACCAGCCCUAGACUGCAUGGAGAAUGGAGAUCCAACCUCCAUGCAGGCCUCUGAGGUCUGUCUUCAGUCCGUGGGCGCAGACUGCCCUGAGAAAACAGAGGAUACAGGAGCAAAGGACAGCAUCCUGAAUGAAAGCUCUGUAGAUGACCACAGUGAUAAUGUAAACGUAGAAACUCCAGGACUGGAGGCUCAACCAGCCCUAGACUGCAUAUCUGUGGGUCAUUCAAACACACAACUCGAAACACCAGCCACAGUAAAGCCAAAAAAGAGCUGUAUGAAGAAAAACUUCACAGCUGAUACAAAAGACUUUGACAAAACAAAGUCUUGUCCCCUGGAAAAGCCUGUGAAGCUAGAAGUACCUGAGCUGCACAGUGACACUGAGUCUUUAACUUUUUCUAGUAUCAGUCCACUACCUGAUUCUCUAGGCGAACGCUCUGUAGAAGACCAGGGAGAAACUCCAGGAUUGGAGGCUCAACCAGUUGUAGGCUGCAUAUGUGUAGACAACUCAAGCUACAGAGAUGAAACAGAAAGUCGAGGACUGAAAGAUGAGGCAACCCCCAGAUUUCAGGGAUUCCUCAGUGACAGUGAGUCUUUAACUUCUUCUCAGAUCAGUCCACUAUCUGAUUCUCUGAGCGAGGAAAAGUUGUGUGUCAACAAAGUUAUUCAGGUAGUGGUUUCAGAGGCCAUAGACAACGUCGCCUCUAAACACAAGCUCUUCACAGAGCGCCUCACUCCUGACUGCAUUGGUGAUCGCCUGCUUGAGAAAAUCUGGCCAGAAAUUAAUGGCAAACAUUUGGAUCUAUCUCCAAAAAGCCUAAAAAAUAUCCACAAGGCCAUUUUAAAGGAUCUUUGCAAAACACACAAAUGCAAGGAAAAAUAUUUGAUUUUUAGUCUGAGGGAACAGCUUGAUAGCAUUACUGUUCCAAUCUUCACCAAACACCUGCUGGGAUUACCAAAAAGAGUACUCAGUGUAUCUAAAAACCGGGACGAGUACUGGGAACUUGUGGAAAAAUUCACUAGAGACCUGGUAAUACACAGUAUGGCCGAACUAAAUGAGACGACGACAUGGCAUUCAGGAACAACUGACUUCAUUGUACAGAGGCUUAGCCAAAAGAUCUGGAACAAAAUUUUGUCCAAAAAUUAUAAAAUCUCCCUAGAGAACAUUGAAGAACUCAGCUUGACAGUAUACAAUGAUCUCCAUGAAAAGUGGGAUUCUCCAGGACAGUUCAUGAAGUUAAGCAACCCAAUGGUUGACGACAUAAUUGUCAAUGCUUUCAAAAAACAUGCCAAGCUGAAGAGACGAAAUGUCAUCUCUAGGAUUUUCUCAUUUGCACGCUAAAAUUUAACUGACACGUGCGUGUCUUAAAAUAGCUUAAAAUAUUUAUUUAAAGUGUGCCAUCUCAUUGAAAUUUAGUUUUAAAACCAGAGUGGUUAAAAAUAACCACUCUUUUUCACCUGCCUUCCUUCCCUCAUUCCCAACUGGCCGCAGCAGAUGGCCACCCCAUUCCUGAGCCUGGUUCUGCUGGAGGUUUCCCCCUUGUAAAAGGGGGUUUUUCCUUCCCACUGUCGCCAAAGUGCUUGCUCGUAGGGGGUUGGAGUUUCUGUGUAUUAUUGCAUGGUCUUGACCUUGCAAUAAUACACCUUGAGGGAAGUGGGGGUUUUUUUUGGUUUGGCACCGUUUCUUAACUUAAAAUGUCCAAUUACAACAGGACAUUUUAAGUUAAGAAACAGCGCCAAAACAAAAAAACAAAACAAAAAAUAAAUAAAAUGAAAUAAAAUAAAAUGAAAUAAAAAUACAUUUUGUGUUUCGUUUCAUUUGCUUUGAAUUUGCUGAAAAUGGAAUAUCAGAUUAGUUUAGUGUGUAAAUAAAAAGCCUUCCAUCUGG